AUGGCCAGAGACGGUGGCGUUUCUUGUCUACGGAGGUCGGAGAUGAUGAGCGUCGGAAUGGGAGGAAUCGAAUCUGCGCCGUUGGAUUUAGAUGAAGUUCAUGUCCUUGCCGUCGAUGACAGUCUCGUCGAUCGGAUUGUCAUCGAGAGAUUGCUUCGUAUUACGUCCUGCAAAGUUACGGCGGUAGAUAGCGGAUGGCGCGCUCUGGAAUUUCUAGGGCUAGACAGCGAGAAAGCUUCAGCCGAAUUAGAUAGAUUGAAAGUUGAUCUGAUCAUCACCGAUUACUGUAUGCCCGGAAUGACCGGCUACGAGCUCCUGAAGAAGAUUAAGGAAUCGUCGAAUUUUCGAGAAGUUCCGGUGGUAAUCAUGUCGUCGGAGAACGUAAUGACCAGAAUCGACAGAUGCCUUGAGGAAGGCGCGGAGGAUUUCUUACUGAAACCGGUGAAACUCGCCGACGUGAAACGCCUGAGGAGCUACUUGACCAGAGACGUUAAACUUUCCAACGGAAACAAACGGAAGCUUCCAGAAGAUUCGAAUUCCGUUGACACUCCGCUUCCUCCGUCGCCGCCGCCGUUGACUAUCUCGACCGAAUCGUCGGACUCUUCUCCGGCGCUAUCUCCGGUGGAGAUGUUUUCCUCGCCACUCUCAUCUCCGAUUGACGAUGAAGAUGACGAUGUGUUGACAUCGUCGCCGGAGUCUUCGCCGACGCCGGAGGAAUCGCCGAUUCGACCGCAGAAGAUGAGGAGUCCCGGAUUAGAUUAG